AUGCCUUCCACAAUGCAAAUGCAGUCCAUUUCGGGCAUCAUUACCCAGAUUCAUGCUUCCUCGAAGGAAGUGCCUCCAGCUUUAGUGGGUGCAUCAACGAAUAUUAUUGGCAACAAAAUAUAUGUAUUUGCAGGACGACUCGCUACGUCUCGAAAAAUGACAAAUUAUCUGUAUAUACUUGAUUUAGACACACUUUCUUGGACUCGGCAUAUACCUCCACCCGAUUCCGAUAAACCACCUACACCUCGUUAUUUUCAUUCAGCCAGUGUCUAUCAGCAGCAAUUGCUGAUAUUCGGAGGUAUGGGCUAUUCAAAGGAAGAAGCGACAUCAACAGUAACAACAGCCGGUCUUUCUGUAUUAGAUGAUAUGAUCAUAUUUGAUACAGAAACAGCAUGUUGGAAACGGCCAGAAAUAAAACCUUCUCUAUAUUCACCUCUAGCACGAUACGCUCAUCUUUCUUCCGUUACUGAGGACAAGUUCCUAGUUAUCGGCGGACAAGACCUAGACAAUAAUUAUUUAGAUGAAAUGAGUGUGUUAAAUUUGAAUACUUGGGAAUGGGAGCAUCUGAAUACAUUCGAUAAACAUGUGGGAGCCUAUAAAUCUAUUGCUGUGAAAGCUCCUGCGGGUGCUCGACUUACAGCAACAAACGGAACCAAUACUAUUAACAAUGGAUCUGCGAACGGCAGUACAGCGAAUAUGGCACCAAUUUAUUUAUACACCAACUACAAUUUCGCUGAUGUUAAACGAGAAUUAAAACUAAUAUUCCCCAGCAGUUACAAAGCAAACGUACUGAAUGUAGAAGAUUAUUCAAGUACUAUGAAUGGAGUAACCAUGCCUCCAGGUUUACGUUUUCCAACAGGACAUGCUUUAGGCAAUCACCUUAUAUUAGCAGGCACUUAUCUAUCUCCAAAUGUUCAGGCGUACGCUAUUUGGGCAUUUGAUAUAACCAAGCAAACUUGGUCACGCAUAGAAACAGGCAAUGUUCUUAAUUCAGGCUCAUGGAAUCGUGGUCUUUUGCAUGAAAAAACCAAUCGAUUUAUUGUGUUUGGCAAUACAAACAGAAAUUUAUUAGACGACUAUAGUCAUCGACAGAUCAAUUUCGAGCACAUUGCUAUCGUCGACCUGGAAGCAUUCGGCAUCUAUUCCUUACCCAUGUCAACAUGCUCAUCCUUGGCACAAGAGAUGGGAUUACGACUAUUGAACGAACCAGCAGUUUCCGACUUCUAUAUUAUCACACAGGACGACAUGACUAUUCCUGUUAAUUCAGCUGUUUUAUGCCAGCGUUGGCCUUAUUUUGCUGAUCUACUAAUAGAGAAUAAGAAAAAGAUAGAGACAAAAAGGGCAGCAAGUCAAUAUAUGCUAUUUCCAUAUCCGUAUUCGGUCGUUAUCGCUCUAUUACAAUUUAUUUACACGGAUAACUUACUAACUGCUCAGCAAUAUCAGCCUCCAAUUUUAGCCCAACUCUUACUACUAUCCGAUAUGUAUCACUUACCUCGACUGAAAGAGUUGGCAACACAUGCUCUUCACCAAAUGUUAAAUAUUACUACUGCACCUCUUAUUUUUGAAACAGCCGCAUUAUCGCAUCAGACUAGCCUGCAAGUACGCGCUUUAAAAAUGAUGAUAGCGGCUAAAAAGAUGAUCCAGGAACAGCAAUUGCAACAACAGCGAAAUCCACAAAAUACAUACCCAUCACAUCCAUUUCAGCAGCAUAGUGUGCUGAGGUCAAGAACGGUAUCAACACCUGUGUCGUCCUCAACCGCACCUCAUAUGGAUCGGACAUCCAACAUCACACCCUCACCAUCUCAGCAUAAUCUACAACGACCUGGAAGCCCUUUACAACAACAAACAUCACCACUUAGUCAAGAUAAUGAUAAUAACACUAUUACCACUAAAGUUCCAACAGUAUCAAAACCUACAAAAGAAAAAAAGAAAAAGAAUGCCUUUUUAGGCGCUUUCAGCAAAUUCUCUUCAAAAUCAUCAUAA